CCACCGGCCGCGCGCUCAGUAUCUUUCACACGUAAAUUCAGGCCAAUUGAGAAAAGAGUUUCCAUCAGUCCGCCUGAUGAAAGUCAGGCUGUACCUACCAUGUCGUUAUCUUUUCGCUGAUGACAAACACCAACUAGCGAGCAAGUGUGUUAUUCUGCACUGCCGUUUUGCAUGGUGACCAGCACUAUAAAUACACAUGGGGUCUUCACCUCCUACUCAUCCCAUCCUUCAAGUUCAACAUAGUUUGCUACUACCAAUGGCUACAACCAAGUUGACAGCUCUUUGCUUCAUUGUCCUCCUUGGCAUUGGAGUGGCAAAUGCUGCAAGGGUAGCAAGAUAUGUUAGCGCCGGGGGUGGUGGUGGUGGUGGAGGGGGAGGUGGCGGUGGUGGGCAAGACGGUGGGUCAGGAUAUGGUUCUGGUUCUGGAUACGGUGAAGCUGGUGGGUCUGGGUCUAAUGGCGGGGCAUAUGCUCAGGGAGGCGGUCAAGGUGGAGGUGGCGGUGGAGGUCAAUAUGGGGGUUCUGGAUCAGGUUAUGGUUCAGGUUCUGGAUACGGUCAAGCCGGUGGGUAUGGGUCCAAUGGUGGGGCAUAUGCUCAGGGAGGCGGCCAGGGUGGAGGUGGCGGAGGAGGACAAUAUGGAGGGUCCGGGUCUGGUUCUGGCUCAGGUUCUGGGUAUGGUCAGGCUAGUGGGAAUGGUCCUUAUGGAGGAGGCUAUGCUCAGGGAGGUGGUCAGGGUGGAGGUGGCGGUGGCAGACAAAAUGGUGGGUCUGGACAAGGUUCUGGCUCUGGCUCUGGAUAUGGUCAGGCUGGCGGAUAUGCUCAGGCAGGUGGCCAAGGUGGUGGUGGCGGAGGCGGCCAAAGUGGUCAAAAUGGUAGUGGAUAUGGAAGUGGCUCAGGGAGUGGCUCUGGAAGUGCUGGCAGUGGUAAUCCGUAGGCCUUCUAUAUGGAUUUGGAUAUCUAAUAUACACCUUUACUAAUAUUGAGUACUUCGGUAAUGAAGAAUAAAAGGGCUUUAUGUGCCCUUGUAUUAAAAUUAGUUGUGUGGCAUAUAAAAUGUGUUACUAUCAAUAAUACAAGUGUCCUUGUCUUCUUGUGUGUAUCAAA